AUGAUGUCUCGACCUCCUGAUAUGCAUAUGCCCACGGGAUCUGCGGCUGUUGGCGAUGUAAUGCCUCUUGCGCAGCCAGUAGCGCCGGUCAUGAAGCCUUCGCGGCGAGUCGGAGGCCGUAAGAUCGCUUGCGUCAAUUGCCACGAAGUCCGGAAAACGUGCGAUGAAGGACGCCCAUGCGGACGCUGCACGAAGCGCGGGUUGGAAUGCAAGUAUCCUCUCCGAAAGCAAUCGAGGAGAGCUACCCAUAUGUCCAACGGCUGGGUAGUGCGUCUUCUAAACUUGUUUUCAUCGUCUUCUACUGAUGGAUUGUAGACUGGGUAAGGGCCGUGCACGGCUAUGGAUCCUCGAGCCUCAGCUAUGGUCUGGCACCGA